CAAACCUCAUCGAUCAACAUCCCAAGACCUCUCAAAAAUGAAAGCGUAUCAAAUUACCAAAAACUUAAAUGGCCUAACCGAUCUACCAGCCUGUCUUUUAAAGAAUGUUGAAUCACCUAUACCAGGACCAGAUGAAGUAUUAGUAAAUGUAAAUUGUGCAGGAAUGAAUUUCUUUGAUAUUUUACAAGUUCAAGGAAAAUAUCAAGACCAACCACCGUUUCCAUUCAUACCUGGAUCUGAAUUCUCAGGUAUGAUUUCAAAAGAUAGUCCGAUCCCAACCGGUUGUAACUUUAUUCCUGGUAAGACUAGAGUAUUUGGUUCUACUCAAGGUGCUUAUGCUGAAAAGGUUAAGGCAAGAUGGGAUAGAUUAAUUGAAAUGCCUGAUGGACUUAGUUUUGAACAAUCCGCUGGACUAUACAUAACAUACCCGACUUCAUACGUUGCCUUGGUGAAUCGAGGACAGUUGAAGAAAGGUGAAUGGUGUUUGAUACAUGCAGCUGCAGGUGGAGUAGGAAUUGCAGCAGUCCAGAUCGCCAAAGCACUUGGAGCUCGAGUGAUUGCAACGGCAUCAAGUCAACAAAAACUAGACUUUGUUCGCAAAGAAGGUGGUCUUUCCCCAAUCGACGAUCAUACGAUUGUCUACAGCGAUACAGUUGUGACAUCUGCUCCAGAUGCGAAAAAGAAGCCAGGGAAGUUAUUGGAAUGGCAAGCUGAAGUGAUGAAGAUCACUAAAGGAAAAGGUGUAGAUGUGGUCUUUGACCCAGUCGGUCUCUUGAAUAAAUCACUUAAAGUUUCUGGUUGGAAUAGUCGAUUAGUGGUCGUUGGAUUUGCAGGCGGUGAUAUAGAAAAAGUCCCAGCUAAUCUUCUACUCCUCAAGAAUUCAGCAGUGACAGGAGUAUUCUGGGGAGCUCAUUUAAAGAAUGAACCAGAAACCGUUACUCAAGUUUGGUUAUCAAUUUUAGAAUUAGUUAAGCGAGGACAGAUCAGACCGGUUUUACAUCCUAAGAUUUAUCAAGGAUUAGAAUCACUUCAAGAAGGUUUAAAUGAUUUGGCUAAUCGAAAAGUUUUGGCUAAAGCUAUCUUACAAAUCAAAGUUGAACCUAGUGGGAAAUCUAAAUUAUAAUGUAAGAUUUGGGGUGUGUGUGUAAGCAUAUAAAAAGAGGUGAUCAUUGAAAGAAGCGAUGUUGGUUUUAUAUUGUUGUAGUUUUGUUAAGAAACAGGUUAUUUAGUGUAAGUUGAUAGAUUGAUCGAUUAUUUGCAAGAAAAUUGUUGUACUUUUUAAAAAGUUUCAUUUAUCAACACGUUUUUUUCGUUCCAAGCGCAUGAUUUCAGAUCAAAUCAAAAAAUGUAUCCAUGUAAUCUAUUCAUCUUCGGCCAAGUGAUCACUUUAUCAUCAA